ACCUAUCGCCACACACACUAACGCACCUAUCAAAACACACAGAAAUAAACCGUAGAGAGAAAUUGAGAAGCAGCAAUCAUGGCGGCGACGGUGAAGACGGCGUGGGCGAAACCAGGCGCGUGGGCCCUGGACGCGGAGGAGAACGAGACGGAGCUCCUCCAGCAACAGAAGGAAGAUACGGCGGCAGCGGCGACCAAUGGCCACUCCGAGACGGCGGAAUUCCCGUCUCUGGCGGCGGCAAAGACUAAGAAGAAGAAGAAGCAGGUUCUCUCGCUCCAGGAAUUCACGACCUACAGCGCGGCUAAGCCGGCGGCGUUCCAGGCGAAGGGAUUGACGACCGACGAGCUGAUGGCUCUCCCAACCGGUCCGCGUGAGCGAACGGCGGAGGAGCUCGAUCGGAACAAGCUAGGAGGGGGAUUCAGAUCCUAUGGCGGCGGGAUGAGGGAUGAGCAGCCCCGGCGCCAGGGGAGUUUCAAUCGAGAGUCGAAUCAUGAAUUGGCGCCGUCUAGGGCUGAUGAGACUGAUAAUUGGGCGACGGGGAAGAGGUCUCCUGCUAGUAGUGGGUUUGAGAGGAGGGAUAGAGGGGAAAGAGGGGGUUUCUUCGCCGAUUCGCAAUCGCGAGCGGACGAGGUUGAUAAUUGGGCGUCGAAUAAGAGUUUUGCCCCUUCUGAGCCUAGGAGGUAUGAGCGAAGGGGAAGCUUUGGAUUGGAAUCAAGCAACGGCGGCGCGGAUUCAGGAAGUUGGGUGAAGAGAAGAGGAGAGGAAGGGACUAGGAUGGUUGGUGGUGCGUUCGAUAGUUUGAGGGAGAGGAGAGGGGGUCCGGAAGGGGCGGAUUCAGAGAGCUGGGGUAGAAGACGAGAGGAUAUGAGUGCUGGUAGUAGGCCUAGAUUGAAUUUACAGCCUAGAACACUGCCAGUGAUUGAGAUUGCUGCUCCAGAGAAGCUUAAGGCUGAGAUUGCUGUCACCGUGAGGCCAAAAGGGAGCAAUCCAUUUGGUGAGGCGAGGCCGAGAGAGGAGGUGUUGAAGGAGAAGGGCCAAGAUUGGAAGGAGAUUGACGAAAAGCUCGAGUCUACCAAGAUUAAGGAGGUGGUUUCUGAUGGACUGGAUCCUCCUAGGAAGAACUUUUGGAGUGGGAGAGAGAGGCGACAGGAAGAGAAGACUGAGAGGGCUUGGAGAAAGCCAGAAUCUGCUGAUUUCUACCCCCAGAGUACUGAUGAGUCUGCCAACGGGCAUCCUGAGAAAUCCGAAAAUGGACACGUUGAAGAGGCUGAAGGGGGAGAGGCACAGGCCUGACGCUAAGGGAGUGUGAGCUUUGAGAAAACAAAAGAGAAUAGGAGUAUUGAUGUUGCUUAAAAAUGCAUCUACCGAGCUGAUAGAUUUUUGUUUCAUAUUUAUUUUUUUUCUUCUGUUUUGCAUCGCACAAUAUAUAGCAAAAUUUUUGGGAGAGAAUUAUGGCGUGGAAUUUUGUUAUAGCCUCUCUGGCUAGUUUGCACUUGUCGACCAUGGACUUUUUAUUUAUUUGUGUGGGAAAUACAAUUGUUCGUUCUGCCA